GCUGGUCCCAUCACUGGAUGACCAGAGUCGUGUUGGGCUCACACCAGUGAAGGGCGGCUCUCCCAGAGUCUGAGGAUUCCGUGAAGAUCUUAGACUUGGGCGGAGAGCAAGGAUGCGUGAAAUUGUACACAUUCAGAUUGGCCAGUGCGGUAACCAGAUCGGAUACAAGUUCUGGGAGGUGAUUGGAGAGGAGCAUGGGAUCGACUCGGCUGGGAGCUACGGCGGAGACUCUGCCCUGCAGCUGGAGAGAAUCAAUGUGUACUACAACGAGGCCCACGAUAAGAAGUAUGUGCCGCGGGCCGUGUUGGUGGACCUGGAGCCUGGCACGAUGGAUAGCAUCCGAUCUAGCAAACUGGGAACCCUCUUUCAACCAGACAAUUAUGUCCAUGGUAACUCUGGGGCCGGCAACAACUGGGCGAAGGGCCAUUACACGGAGGGAGCGGAGCUGUUGGAGAGCGUCCUGGACGUGGUGCGGGGCGAGAGCGAGGCCUGCGACUGCCUGCAGGGCUUCCAGGUGGUCCACUCGCUGGGCGGGGGCACGGGCUCGGGCAUGGGCACGCUGCUCAUGGGCAAGAUCCGGGAGGAGUACCCCGACCGCAUCCUGAACUCCUUCAGCGUCAUGCCGUCGCCCAAGGUGUCGGACACCGUGGUGGAGCCCUACAACGCCGUGCUGUCCAUCCACCAGCUCAUCGAGAACUCCGACGCCUGCUUCUGCAUCGACAACGAGGCCCUGUACGACAUCUGCUUCCGCACCCUCAAGCUGACCACGCCCACCUACGGCGACCUCAACCACCUGGUGUCGCUGACCAUGAGCGGCAUCACCACCUCCCUGCGCUUCCCGGGCCAGCUCAACGCCGACCUGCGCAAGCUGGCCGUGAACAUGGUGCCCUUCCCGCGCCUGCACUUCUUCAUGCCCGGCUUCGCCCCGCUCACGGCGCAGGGCAGCCAGCAGUACCGCGCCCUGACGGUGGCCGAGCUCACCCAGCAGAUGUUCGACGCCCGCAACACCAUGGCCGCCUGCGACCCCCGGCGCGGCCGCUACCUGACGGUGGCCUGCAUCUUCCGGGGGAAGAUGUCCACCAGGGAAGUGGACGACCAGCUGCUUACCGUGCAGACCAGGAACAGCAGCUGCUUUGUGGACUGGAUCCCCAACAACGUCAAGGUGGCCGUGUGCGACAUCCCGCCGCGCGGCCUCAACAUGGCCGCCACCUUCAUCGGCAACAACACGGCCAUCCAGGAGCUGUUCACCAGGGUGUCGGAGCAGUUCACGGCCAUGUUCAAGAGGAGAGCCUUCGUGCACUGGUACACCGGCGAGGGGAUGGACAUCAACGAGUUUGCCGAAGCCGAGAGCAACAUCCAUGACUUGGUAUCCGAGUACCAGCAAUUCCAAGAUGCCAGAGCAGUUCUGGAGGAGAAUGAAGAGGUCGCGGAGGAGGCAGAAGCGGAAGCAGAAAAUAAGGAACUUUAGCCUGGAGAGAGGCCGUGGGAGUGUCAGCUGCAGGGGGUAGUUCCUGACACAAGAGCUCCUGUGCACACGAGUGUUUCCAGCCGCAAUGCCAAGCCUGCCCACUGGGCACCACCGUGAACUAUCCACACAGCCACUUCGGCAUUAGCUUUGACACUGGACUGCGGGCGGGGCGGGGGCUGGGCACGUGGCUGGCAGCAUGAGGGUCUUCUGCUGGCACAUAACACGCAUAGUUUGAUCUUCAGCACACACUCUAGGACCUCUUUUCAUAGCAAACUGCAUUUAUCAUAAAGCAUCCCCGUUGUUUACAAGUGUUUAUUGGGUAUUUCCUGUAGGCCACAGCAGGUGCCAGGCCUCGGGAUGACACAUGUGGCUGUGCAGGGAACCACUGCAAUUGACACUAACUUGUUAGCUUUUUUUUUUUAAGCAGGGCGCAACUCACAGUGCCCCAUGUGGGGAAUCAAACUGGCCACCUUUGUGUUAUUAGUACCACGCUCUAACCAACUGAGCUAACCGGCCACCCCAACUUGUUAACUCUGUAGCAGCACUGAGAAACACCGCAGACUCAUGCCUGGGCACCCAAGGGCUGUGAGGACUCUGCCCAGCACCCUACCUUGUAGUACUUGCCAGCCCCCAGGUACCUAACUGCCAGGUGGGGAGCAUCACUGCCCAGGUCAAUGAGUCAGCGUCCACGAGUAAACUGUAGACCCGUGCACACUUCAACGUGCUAACUGAAAAGGGUAAAAGGGAAGGAAGUACGGUCCUCUCCACAAAAACACCCAGCCGAAAAAUAAAAGCUCCCAAAUGACAAGCAAAACUCAGGAACUCCAAUCGUGCCUCAUCUUCAUUUCUGAAUACCUGGCUUUUAACCAACAUAGUUAUAUACUUUAAGUUUCUUAUUAGCGUUAGACUCUGGGAGUUCAUGAAUCAUCUUUGGUUUUCCUUGUAAAGGCUGUUUCGAAAUGCCCUUUUCCCUUCCAUUGAGAUCGCCUUCUGAGACUGCACUGGAGUCUCGGCUCUUUAAAAGGGCAGCGUAUGCUCGGCAACCAUUCAAAUCUAAAAAUUAAGCAGCGAUGGCUGCAGUGUCCUUCUCGGUUACGGAGGACAUUAUCUCAUUAAGGAACUUUCACAGUUCAAAUUAAUUUGCAGAAGUUGCCAUAAAUGUUUGCAUGAUGACACAGCUUUAACCAUUACACGAUUUUAAUCUGCUCACAUUACAACAGGACCAAAUACACAAGAGUGUAAUCAAAUCAUCUAUAACUUCUUAAUUACAGUUUACCUAUUUCUGACAUAUAGCACUGCCGUCCCUUCCAGUACCGUAAGGGUUUUAAUGGCCUUCUACAAUUACCAGUGAGCUGUGUACUACUUGAUCCAUGGAUAGCCUGCAAAGGCAAGAUGCUUCGACCCUCACUGCAGAACUCUCCCGACCUGCUUUGUCAUCUGCAAUCAGGCAGCAGGAGGAGGGUGGACAACAGUACCUCAUUCUGAGAAACUUCACUCUUUUCACAAAUGCCUCAUGAGGAAGCAACUAAAAUAUGUAGCAAGAGAAAAUUAAGCCUUGCUGAUAGUAUUAUAGGAAGCCUUCUAUUUACAAAGUUAAAAAAAAAGGUUUUAAACACUUUCUACUUGCUCAAGAUCACCGAAAACAAAAGCAGAUUUAGUAAGAAACUGCAACUAUCUAUUCCUAGUUUGAAGUUCAUAACUGCCUUAGAUGCUCAAAAGACCUACAACCUGUGGUUAUGUAAGAAUUGAUACACAUGCUUUCUCUAGCACUUUCCUUCUCAAAUCUCACAAGGCAAUUAAAUAGAUGCAAGGAAGAAUACAAAUCUACAUUAAAAAACUUCUGCUGUUUCAUAUUACUAUAAAGAUUUUUGUUUGUUCAAUAGUAAUCAUUAAAGUACAAAGAAAUUCAAUUUCAAAUGGCUAAAUUGCUUUAUUUUAGACUAAAUAAAUUCCUUUUUUUUGGAGUCUAACCACCCAGACUGAUUAAUUUGAGUAGUUAAAAAUAUUUCAAAAUGCAUCUCACCAGCCUACUCUUUUGUAUGGUAGAAAUAGAUUAAAAAACAACAAUACUAGAAACCAAAAGAAAUCCGUCCUCUGAUUUUGAACACUGCUCCUUUAGCGGUAUGGUUGCUACGGUGACAUUGGUCUCUCCGAGACCGACACAGUAGAAUCAGAAUUUCAGAGCUUGUCGAAUUCUUUCACUUCACACAUGAGAACACAGACUGAGCAGGACAUUAACGAAAUCACACAACUAGGUAGUGAAAUACCCACAAGUAGAUCCGAUCAGGGUCCCCAGGGAAUCGGGGCAGUGCUGCCAGCUCCCCAGCAGGGCUGGAUGCGAAAAGUUUGUUUUAUCAAUUAUCAGUUCAGGUUGUUUUGUGUUUCUUAGUAACAGAAAAGAGCCUUAAAGAAGCUUUGCUGGCGGCGUCUUUUUUUCAGUUACUUUAAUCCUUGCCACACCACAGCCCUGUCUCUGUCUCACCUCUAAUGAUCACAUCUGCCAGCCUCCGUAAUCAAUGACUUCUCUCUCCUUACUUGGCUGGAAAUCAGUGAGCCCGUUGCCUAUCAGUUACUUUAUUCGUCUGGCACCACAAAGGCCUGUUUAGUCCUGUCUGUAUGAAAGGUGCUUCCUAGUACCUUCACCUCGGCAGGAAGCACUGACAACUCAGGUGUCUCGACUUCAAAAUAGCAGGACAACAGCCCCGAGGCAAAGGACUCAAGCUCGUAGGCUGUGGGCCAGUGUAGGCUGUGCGCCGGUGCAGAGCUGAGCCGUCACUUCUCCUUGUAAGCCCUGUGCUGAGAAUGAAAUCAAACCUACAUGUCAAGUGUCCCGGAAGUCACCGCCAGAAGCUGACAGCAAGGACCUUUUCUCAGGCUCCUUCCCUGAUACAUUACUGCUAGCUCCAGCAUCACGCUGAAAACUGGCCCUGGUGCACAAACUCAACGGUGUUUCAAAAUGCCCUGUUCAAAUUUAGUUCUCCAUUCUCCAAAAACAGUUAAAAUCAAGCAGUUAACUUUGCAGUGGAGUUUUACUCGGCCAAGUUUCAAAGAAAGAUGAAAACAAAACACUUCCAACAAUUCUUCACCGGUAAAUAUUUAAUGAACGAACGAAUCACAUUGCAAACACCUAACUUGUAAUCACCAUGCCCGAGGCUGCAGGCAAGAAUCUUAGGUUUUGAUUGCAGCUCGGCCAUCGACCUGAUGACUGAAUAGUUUUGCCUCAUUUCCUAAGAGAAAGACUCCCAGCCCAUGGAGAGUCAUUUAUAAAACAAUGUGAAAAGCCCUUUGUGCUGAAAUUCCAACAGUCACAGCUCUUCUCUAUAGGUUGUAAGUGCACAAUAAAAACUGACUGCUACCAUUUCCUACUUUUUCUUCUCAUCCAGGGUUUCCGUUAUUAUUUUCAUUUAGGCCAUUGGCCAAGCAGUAUUACCUAGGUAGUGCCACCUGCACAAGAGGAGGAGGCCGGUAGGUUAAGGACCCAUCCAUUACUCUGACGUGGCUUCUGCAAUUCAAAGAUAAGGGACGAGAGAGCCUC